AUGGCGGUCAAGCGACUGCUCAGCAUGAAACCUGUGGCGUUGAAGGACGAACGGACAAUCCGCGCCUUCCACAAGUUUAUAUUCACCGACUCAAAGUCGCGCCUUCCGUUGCUAAGAGCUCUCGACAUCAGCAUAAGGAAAGUCGAGGAAGAGGCUCUUGAAGAAGUAGAAAGGCGUAUUCUCGACCUCCUGGAACACGCCACGCAUCUGGAGCGCUUGACGAUUCCCUAUCCUGGGUGGACACUGUUUGACUGGCUCCCGGAUCCGAGGCUGCCCGACGCCAUCAUGCGGAUAUCCACCCUUCGUGAACUUUCGCUACUGGGAUAUGGUGAUGACGAAUCGGCGAUGAUCGUCAAGUCCACGCGCUCCGCCACAUCGCUCCGCGUUCUUCGUGUCUCAUUGGACUUUCUUCCUACCACCUGGACCCCUUACGGCGUCCAGAUGGUCGAAGUCGACGCCUUUCUGCGCCACCUCAUACCCACACUGGAAGUUCUCGAUACUGGGGAGAAACCGUUGGUGCUUGAUACGAAGGGCGCGGAAUAUCCCGCCCUACGCUCGUUCGUGGGACUCUUCGAGGAGGGUAUGACUCGUGUGGACCUACUCGUGUCCAAGUUCCCUGCGCUGGACGGCACACUUGGAGUUGGUGAGAUAUCUGGCGCACUGCGAGUCGACGAGCCAGAGCAGCGGCGCAUCCGCGCGUCGAACCAAGACCGGCUGAAGCAGCGAUGCUGGAAGCACCUGGAUCGCGUCAUGGGCGACGUAAUCGCACUUUUCGUACUCGGUCUCACUUGCCCCGUGCGUCAUCUCAUGGUGGACGACAUUUGCGGCCACGAAAGGAGCCAACUAGUGGAGAUUCUGCGCACGACGCCCCCAACCCACCUCAAACUAUCGUCUAUGCUGUACCACGGCGACGACAUUCUCGAGGACUUGUUCCCCGCCGAGGUCAUCCCGCGGCUAUCGCACUUAGUGCUCGUGCUCGAAUACACCAACCCUCUGACGUUCGACAAUUACAGUGACAGAGAUGCUGUUACAAACAUGAAGUGGAGAGUGCUGCUUACGAAAAUCAUCACUUCCAUCUGCGCUCUGCGCCUUACCUACUUCCGGCUGUUCAUCAGCUACGACAUCAGACUGAACAAUUCAAGAUACGUGCCGCACUCCAAGGACUUGGUCCGUAGCCUGGCUCAUCUGGACCACGCGCAUCUCGCCACCGAACUUGCGCACGCUGUUCCCUCGCUGCGUUACGUCUUCGUGAGCGUGGGCGGUCAGUUCAACAUAUUGGAGUCCGACCGUCAUCCGAACGGGCCGCAGCACACUCGCGGCCGCUGGUUCACACAUUCUGCGUGGAAGAACGUGCCUUCCGGACCUCCCAGGCGGCUCGAUGCGGACGUGAUGCAGCAGAUGCUGGUGGACGAAGACUUAGUGCUGUCCGAUGGCGACACCUGCUCGCUGGGGUUCCAGAGAACCUGGACGGAGGAAGAGACGGCGCCUUGGCGCCUCCCGGAGUGA